AUGCUCUUAAGUUUAAUCCAAGAAACAAGGGCAAGCACUCAGGAGACAAAGACAUUCAUCCAAGAAACAAGGGCAAGCACUCAGGAGACAAAGGCAUUCAUCCAAGAAACAAGGGCAAGCACUCAGGAGACAAAGGCAUUCAUCCAGGAGACGAGAUCACUCCCAAAGAGCCCAGAUGCAGCUAUCAGAAACCUGGAGACACAACUGGGUCAACUAGCCCAUGAAAGAGCUGAAAGGCCCACAAGAACUUUUGGGGCUAAUUCAGAAAAUAACCUAAGAGAAGAGUGUAAAGCAGUAAUGACUCAAGCACAAAAGAACACUCAAGAAGCAGGAACGAUGAUAGAAGACGAUGGAACUGAGGAUAAGAAAGAGGAAGAAACAAAAGAGGAAGAGAAGCUAGAGGAAGAAGAGAAGGUGGUCUCACCACCUAAUACCAAGAGUCAAAAGGCAAGAAAAGCUAAGAAGGAAGAAUCGCCAGUCUUGCCGCAGGAUCUUCCGUAUCCAAAGGUGUCGACCAAGAAGAAUAAAGAGCACUUCUUCAUGCGUUUCUUAGAAAUAUUUAAAGGACUGGAGAUCACGAUGCCAUUCGGGGAAGCGUUGCAACAGAUGCCCCUCUACUCUAAGUUCAUGAAAGACAUCAUCACUAAGAAGGAAAAAUAUAUAGAUAGCGAGAACAUUGUAGUAGGAGGCAACUGUAGCGCGAUCAUUCAAAGGAAACUACCUAAAAAGUUCAAGGACCUCGGAAGCGUUACCAUCCCAUGCACUAUAGGAAAAGAAGUGGUAGAUAAAGCCCUCAUUGAUCUAGGGGCAAGCAUCAAUUUGAUGCUCUUAUCAAUGUGUAGGUGA